CAAGGUCGCGCCGUUGGAAACUGCUGGCGCUACUUCUCGGAAGGAUAAUUCGUACUACUCCGCACGCUGGUAUAUGCGUUCAGACAGCUCGAACGGUGUUUAUGAUUGCAUAUGACGUCUAUUUAUGCCUCAGGAGGCUCUCACAAACUACAUAUGGAACAACGACGGCAUUCACAAAGAAUGGAAGAUGCAAACACAAGACGUCCAACUUCAAGUGAAAUUUUCACAAUUUCCAAGUUGGAGCCGGAGUCACAGGAGCUCACGCCAUCUCCACCAAGGCGCUUAACUGCGGCUGGAAGACUUUCUUUGGGCGGCUGUGACCCCAUCGCUUUAAAGCCGAGCCGUGUACAGGCAGAAAAGAAGUCCUACGCGGCCGGUAUUGACAAAUGCUGGUGGGUGGCGGUGCUGGCCUUUCUCAUGACCGUCAUGGAGUCGUCGUCCAGCCGCUGCUCCGGCUUCCUCAUGGUCGGAAUCAUGGAGCAGAUGAACGUCGAACGCGGCCUCGCCUCCUGGCCUGUCAGCCUCAUCGGCUCCCUUAUCGACUGCGGAGGCCUAAUCUCUGGACCUCUAAGCGAAGUCUUCACCACAGUUCCCGUGCUGGUUGGGGGAUCCGUGCUGGCUGCAGCCGGCGUCAUAGCAUCUUCAUUUGCCCCGGAUAUCACAUGGCUUAGCGUCACGCUGGGAGCUGUCCAUGGUCUCGGCCUUGGCAUGGUGAUAACCAUGCUGCAGGUACUCAUCAGCAUGUACUUCGAGCGGUACCGUGGAGCCGCCAACGGCAUCAUGUUCGCCGGAUCCACUGCCUCUGCGUUCAUCUUCACCCAUAUGCUGCUGUACUUUAGAGACACCUACGGCUUCCGAGGCAGCCUGCUGCUGUUUGGUGCCGUUCUCAUGAACUUGGUCGCCUUGAGUCUCGCUUUUCAAGAGCCACCAUGGGUUAAGAGAGACAGAAUCAAGAGGAGAAAAGGCGCACAGGGGACAAGGAGGCCAUCGAUAUUCACAGCGGAUUCAAAGCAUGGGAAAAACGUUUCCGCCACUGUGAUAAUGCUAAGAAACAUUCUCGGAGUGCUCAAGUGUCCCAUGGUGUACGUUCUCACGACCACGUGGCUAGCGUUCUGCUUCAACUACGGCAUUUUCUUCUCCACGAUCGUGGACUUCGCCAUGGACAAAGGGAUGCCCCUGGAGGACACCGUGUCUUUCAUCGCCUACACGGCUAUCACGGAUCUCGUGGGAAGGGUUGUCCUUCCUAUUUUCACUGAUCGUGGGCUCCUGCAGCGGUCGACGUUAAUCGUAUUGAACUACUUUCUCCUUGGCUUGUGCACUGUGUCACUGCCAUUCUGCGACUCCUACUGGGUCCUGCUUGUGGCGUGUCUAGGCGUGGCCUUAUUCCUCGGCUGUGCCAUUACCAUGCACAGCGUUCUGAUGGCCCAGUAUUUGGGAAUCGAAAAACUUGCAGCAGGGUAUACCGUUCUGAGCGCCCUAAGUGGACCAGCACUCUUAGCAAAUGCCCCUUUCGUAGGGUUCUUCAGGGAUGACCUUGGUUCGUACAACGGGAUGUUCUGGGUCCUUGGAGGCUUCAGCUUUUUUGUGAGCGUUCAGUGGACGUUCGUGUCCUUGGUCGAUAGAAAGAGAGCUCGCAGGUGGCAGCCAGACAUUGCGCACGAGGGCUCGGAGCAAAAAUCGUGACGAACUAUGGCAGUAUAGGGUAAUAAUUUGAGAAAAUAUGAAUUAUUGCCGAGCUUUCAUGGUAAGACUAGUAAAUACUUUUGAUGCUUUUAUUUUUAAAUGCGGGAGCAUUUAAAAAUGUUCUAUAAAAUAGGGUGUUACACCUAUUAUGGACUUGUGGGACUGCAUCGUAGCAUGCUGCUAGAAAAUAAUUUCUACUUAGUUGGGAUUGCCAAUGCUGUCGUGGUAAAUAUGAAAAUAUAUUACAUUGAAGCUAUAUAUG